AUGAUAAUUGAUCAAGGUGACAAAGAAGUUCAAAACACAUCAUUGAACAAAUAUGCUUUGGCUUGUGCCCUUGUUGCUUCAAUGGUUUCCAUUGUCUCUGGCUAUGAUACCGGUGUUAUGAGUGGAGCAAUGAUUUUCAUAAAAGAGGAUUUGGGAAUCAGUGACACACAACAAGAAAUUCUAGCAGGAAUCUUAAAUACGUAUCAUGUUCUGUCUAGCAGAUUCUAUGACUUGGCAGGCCUGCCAAGUGGAAUUCUGAAGAAAGGGAGGGAGGUUCUCCUCACAGGCUGCUACCUCCGAACUACCGCAGAAAGUUCUGGUCAUCCACGUCUUUUGCCAACAGAGUAUCUCGUGAUUCUAUUAGACGAGAAUCAGGAUGAUGAUGCAAUGCUGCUAGGAGCUCAGUUUUGUUCAGACUCCUUCUCUUCAAUUUCGCUGGAGGCAGUAAACAAUGGGGCUUCUUAUUCACUUUAUGCCAGGAUUGAAAAUAUUGAAUCUGCGGAAAUUCGAGGGAAUUUUGGGACCUCGCAAAGAAAACAAAUUACUCUUGUUGAUGGUGAUGGUGUUGCAUUAAAUUUCUUCUUAUGGAGCGAGCAGGUUCUCCUUGCCAAUCUUUUCAGAGUAGGAUGCAUGCUUGCCCUGGACAAACCUUACGUUGCCAGUUCUGCAGAGUGUGGUAUUCAAACAAACGAGGAAUUUUGCCUUGAAUAUGGAAGUGCAACACAAUUAUAUUUGGUGCCUUAUAUUCAGCAUGAAGAACAGCUGGAAGAACUUCUGAUGUCAAUUGGAAGAGCAAUUUUGAAAGAUCCAAAAAUAUUACUUCUUGAUGAAGCUACAAGUGCCCUUGAUGCCGAGUGUGCAUGUAUUGAUACUAACUUGUGCAUUUGUAUGUUCUUUUUAAACCUUGGUGAUUUCCUUGUGCAGAAACUAGGGGAAGGUGUGAAAGGGGUGUAUAUCUCGAUAGACGUGGAUUGUCUUGAUCCUGCAUUUGCUCCGGGAGUGUCUCAUAUUGAACCGGGAGGUCUUUCUUUCCGCGAUAUUUCAUAUCUAAAGAAAAUCAACAAAGGCUCCAACAUUGUGAUCUUGGACUCGUACUCAGACUCAGCAAAGAUAGUUGCAAGAACGCUAACGAGGCUUGGAUUUAAGAACUCAUGGACCGUUGGUGAUGGAUUUUCUGGAGGCAAAGGGUGGUUACAGAGUAGAUUAGGUGUUAAAAGUUUUGGAACAACCAGCAGGCAAUCUAGUCAGAAACUUCUUCCAGGAGCUGACUGA